AUGAGAGGUCUAAGCCAAGUACAAGUUCAACAUGGUAUCAUAGCUGUGUUGUUCAAAUGUCAACAAAUGCCUAGUUCGCGGAAAACAUCAAAAAUGGCAAGGCUGAAGCAAGCCAAGGAAGAGGCUGAGACAGAGGUUGCUGAGCACAAAACCAGCACUGAGCAUGGUUUCCAGAGGAAACUCGAAGAGACCAGUGGAGAUUCAGGUGCAAACGUGAAGAGGCUAGAGCAGGAGACUGAUGCCAAGAUCGAGCACUUGAAGAACGAAGCUUCCAGGACUUCCAGAGAUGUUGUGGACAUGCUUCUGAAACAUGUCACCACUGUGAAGAACUGA